AUGAAGAAAGUGGUUGAAAAUGAUAUUUUCAUGCAGCAGAGACGAAAUGCUGCAGGCAAGCUAGGGUUAUCAGGAUUGCAAAAAUGCACUGCAGCUAUCAGAAUGCUUGCGUAUGGUCUGGCUCCGGAUGGGGUUGAUGAAUAUGUAAGAAUGGGUCAAACAACUUCAAGAAAGUCAUUAUUGCAUUUCACUCAAGGGGUGAUCAAGCAUUUUGCAGAGGAGUACCUAAGAAGUCCUACAGAUGAAGAUUUAAGAAAGAUCCUUUAUCAAAUUGAAAUGCGCCGAUUUCCUGGCAUGAUCGGAAGUAUUGAUUGCAUGCAUUGGGAGUGGAAGAACUGCCCUAACGCUUGGAAAGGUCAAUACCAGGGACGUAGCGGGAAUGCUGGCCUCAUUCUUGAAGCUGUUGCGGAUCAAGAUCUAUGGAUUUGGCAUUCAUUUUUUGGUAUCCCUGGUUCAUGCAAUGACCUUAAUGUUCUUUAUCGUUCACCUGUGUUUGAUGAUGUUUUGCAAGAUGGUAUUUAUCCAAAUUGGGCUACGUUUAUCCAAGGAUUUACUCGUCCUCAACUUCAAAAGCAUAAGUUAUUUGCUGAUAGACAAGCACAUGUUCGGAAGGAUGUUGAACGUGCGUUUGGAGUUUUACAAGCGAGGUUUGCCAUUAUACGACAACCUUCUCUUGCUUACGAUGAAGAUAUAUUAUCUGACAUAAUGAAAGCUUGUCUCAUCAUGCACAACAUGAUAGUUGAGGAUGAACGAGACAUGUAUAUCCGAGCUGAUGUGUUAAGAAGGUACUAUGAACAAGACCUUUCGAGCUCCAGCGCAACGGUGAAUAAUGGUGAACCUUUCGAGUUCCAAGCUGGUCGUCCCGUCAACAUUAACGAUUACUUGGGGAGAAGAGUAGCAAUGCGUAACCGUCAAACUCACCAGUCUCUGAAAGAUGAUUUAAUCGAACAUAAUUGGCAAAAAUAUGGACCCAAUAAUCAUUAA